GGCACCUAACAAUAAUAGUUACCUUAUCAACCUCCUUCAAAUAAAAUUGCAAAUGUAAUAACAAGAGUUAAAAUUUAUUCUUAUGUCAAAAGAGGGAGAGGGGACUGAAUUUCCAGUUAAGAUAUCUGUUGAAUUUCCCGUAAUAGUGAGAUUUCAAUCAUUAUGCAUAAUUUGUUGCUUUCAGACCUUUGUCAUACAGGCAGCAGCCAAGAAUUAGACCUACGGGAUGAAACUAAACUACUUCACUCCUUCCUCUUAGUCCUCAGGCUGCUUAGUGCAGUGGCUUUCCCACAGCUCUGCCCAGCCCAGGCUUCUUGCAGAUACUGAGAUCUUUUCCUGUUACUGCUGGUACCUCCUUCUUCUGUUAUAUAUUUCAGAGUCUGGCACCAACCUCUCCACUCCUUUCUGCUUCCAGCCCCCUCGUGCUCUCCGCAAACAGCCAAAGCAGCAGUGUGAGGCAAUCCUUCCAUCCUUGACCCCUUCCUUUGCACAGUGAGUGAUGGCUUUUUUAUCUCCUGGUGAUGAAGCACAGCCUUCAGCUGGAGGCAUUUAAGACCCAGAGCCCACAGGGACCCAGCCACAGCUGCAGGACCACAGGUAGACCUUGAUAGGCUCAGGGCAGAAGAAGCACCCUUGAGAGCAGAGGCUAAAGCAGCGGCAGCUGCAGCAGCAGGAGCACCACUACCGCAUCUACCCAGCUUCCGGGAAACAAUGCUACUAGCCACGUUUAAGCUGUGUGCUGGGAUCUCUUACAAACACGUCCUCAACAUGAAGGGCCUCAGGCACCAAGCAGUGCUGACCAUUGGCCAGGAGCUGAACCGGAGGGCACUGGGGGGCCCAACCCCUAGUGCAUGGAUUAACCAGGUCCGUCGUCGGAGCUCUCUGCUUGGUUCGCGGCUGGAAGACAGUCUCUACAGUGACCAGGAGAUGGCCUACAUCCGGCAGGGAGAGGAAGCCAUGCAGAAGGCCUUGGGCAUCCUCAGCAACCAGGAAGGCUGGAAGAAGGAGAACCAGCAGGCAAACGGAGACACAGUGCUGAGUAAAGUGGUCCCAGACGUGGGCAAGGUAUUUCGGCUGGAGGUGGUGGUAGACCAGCCCAUGGAGAGGCUCUAUGAAGAGCUUGUGGACCGCAUGGAGGCAAUGGGGGAGUGGAACCCCAAUGUCAAGGAGAUCAAGGUUCUGCAGAAGAUUGGAAAAGAUACAGUCAUCACCCAUGAGUUGGCUGCAGAAUCUGCAGGAAACCUCGUGGGGCCCCGUGAUUUUGUGAGUGUGCGAUGUGCCAAGCGCCGAGGCUCCACCUGUGUGUUGGCUGGCAUGGCCACACACUUCGGGGAGAUGCCUGAGCAGAAAGGAGUCAUCAGAGGUGAGCAUGGUCCCACCUGCAUGGUGCUUCAUCCCCUAGCUGGAAGUCCUUCAAAGACCAAACUCACUUGGCUACUCAGCAUUGACCUCAAGGGGUGGCUGCCAAAGACUAUCAUCAACCAGGUCCUAUCACAAACCCAGAUGGAUUUUGCCAACCAUCUGCGACACCAUCUGGACUCCAACCUGGCCUCUGAAGCCAGGUGUUAAAGACCAGCCUGCUGCUCUUAGCUGUUCCUAGCUAUGUCAACAUGCAUGCUCAAGAAAAAUCCCUGCUAGAAGCUUGCAAGUUUCAGAUCGUCAUCUGAGUACAGUGGGAUGGGGUUGCAAUGCUUAGAGUAUGAUACUAGGAUUCAGCUUGGUAAAAUACAAGCACAAAGAAAAUAGGGGUGAGGCUCCUGGACAAAGAGGAAGAGCCUUCUUACUUCAUUCUUUGGUCAGCUGAGAAAUGAAGGCUAAGUCUCUCAAAAUAUUUGUAAAACUUUCUUCUGGGUCCUUAUCUGCCCAUCUAAAAACAUCUUAAAAUGCUACUGGCCAGUGUGAGUGUGGGAAAUGCUAAGAGCAGAGACUGGGGCCUCAUGCAUUAUAGGUUCAAGAACAUUCCCUGCUGGCAGUGUCAGGGCGAAGCAGGGCUUACAAAAGGGGCUCCAGUUGCGUGGACAACUCCCUCUGGAGGUACCUUCCAGAAAUCCACUGCAAGGUUUUUCAAUGGAAAAAAUAAAAAGCUAAUUAGUAGACUCGUUCCCUACUUCUUCUAAGACCACUACUCAGAAGAAAGAAUCAUAACUAACAGAAAAACAUUCAUCUGAACCUAUUUUAAAAUUCUACUCUUAAAAAAAAAAAUCUAUUCUAGUAAACUGCAACUUCAUACUAGAAGAGUUCCGGACAAAGAAAAACUAAACCAGUUCCUCUAGCUCAUUAAAAGGAAACAAACUACUGGAGGUUUGUGCCAUCCAAUUG